AUGCUUGAUAUGAACAACCUAAAGAAAACAUUACUGGGAGGAUUUAUACUGCUUGCAUACACAGAUAUCCUCAACAACAGAUCAUACGACCUUGUUGGAGUGGACCAAGGAUACACAAAUCUCAAGGGGUACCACUACCAUGCUGACAAAGACAUGUAUGACGAGGUGUUCAGCUACAAGCAUGGACAGAAAAUCCAUCUUGUCAUUCCUGCAGAUUUUAGUGGGAGUGGAACAGUGAGUUAUGUGCUUGUGACAAGGAAGAUCGAUGGAACAUUUGACAACCACAUAUACUUCCGUGACAGAGAUGAGACAAAGCACAUUGGGGAGUCUCUAGCUACUCCAUUGCUAUUUACAUGCCCAGAUGACCUUAGGCCUCAGCUGCUUAUCCAAUACAGUGAUGGCCUGAAAAAGGUUCGAAUUAGUGAAGACGGAGAGUUGAACACAGAGAAUGCUGAUGGCUAUGGAAAGCUGCACUGUGAGCACACCUCUGCAUUUGUUGAGCUUGACGGGAGCAUGAAGGCAUGCUUGUGCCUAGUUAUUGACAAAGGGAAUGGAAGAAAAGCACUGAGGGUGUUCAACAACAAAGAUGGAGAGUAUGUGAAGUACUUCGAGAUGGAUCUUCCAGAUGAUAUAGGGCCGAUUGUGUUUGGAGACUUCAACGGAAACGGCAUGAAUGACAUGGCGUUUAUACAACGAAGCGGAGCAAAGCAUGUUCUGAAGAUAUAUUUCAACUCGACAUCAAGAGUCGGAAAUGCCAAUAAGCUUCUUGGCGGAUUUCUUCCCACACAGAUUAAUUCAACCGUGUUUUCUGAAGGAGACAUGGAGAUAGUGGACCUGAGCGUGAUGUUUCCGAAUUGCACGCCGAUCCUUAGGUCUGAGGAGCACUUUGGCGGUAUGCCGUAUGGAAUAUUCCCUGCUGACCUGAGAGCAAAGGGCAAACUGGACUUCUUUAUGGUGAUGAAGGACAUUGACGGCAGCACAAGGACUGGGGUCCUUGAAAACAACUCCGAGCCAGGCAAUUCAUGCUUUGAAAAGGCCGAGUAUCACGAUGAUAUUCAUAAGCUCAAGAAUGUGAUAUCUAUAAGCUGCUGCGACUACAACAGCCGAGGGCGAGAAGCCGUGUUUGUGAACCGUGUUGUUGACAACGAUGCAGUUCUUGAGGUGUAUGAAAACAAUCUUUCGAAGGAGAAUCUCAAGCUGAGCCUCUCGGCGAUCUAUCCAAGACAUGAAGCAUAUGGAUGCGCCAUUCCUGGUGUUUCGUAUCUGAUAUCGUAUUGCGACGGGGAGAAGGUGCUUAUUUCGAGCCAGAUGGCUUGCAGCACGUAUGUGCAUCUAAAGCAUCAUGUGGCAUACAUUGGGCUUGGCACAAUGAAUCUGAUUAUUGAUGUCCUGAUGAUAGGGACGCCUGGAAGCAACACUAGCUCAUAUGCAGGGCCGUAUGCCAUCAACUCAAUUGCGAUCCCAAACACCGACUUGGUUGUGUAUCUUGAACAAAACGGCAACUACACGGUGGAGGCGCAUUUCAUUGUUGGAGAGCACUUUAAAACAAUAAUAAUCGCUCUGCUUGGUGUUGCAUUUGUCAAUCUGAUAUUCAUAGUUCUACUGCGGCUCAAGGAUAUAAGAAGAAUGAAAAUGGCAAAUAACAAAGACGCUCUGCGCCCGCUGUUUUCCACACUGAAAUAA